AUGGCUGAAAUGACCCAGACCACCCCGGCCUCGGCCUCGGCCAUGACUCUGCAAUUCCACGACAUGGAUGAAUGGGUAGCAGAGGUAGAGAAGAAGGCCAAGGAAACCGAAGCUGCCAAGAAGCGCAAUGAAAACGUCAAGCCAGCAGCAGCGCCUUCCAUCGCCAACAAGGUCAUAGAUCCGGUCGAUCUUGAGGCUGAUGCUAGCGAGAGACUCGCCAACGUGGACUUGGGAGAGAAGAAUUGGAUUGGGCUCAUCCAGCAAUAUCGGGAUGCUCAUCCCAUUGCGGGUGUAGACAAGGGCCUCACUUGGGUCGAGAACCAGACGGCCGAUGUCAUCCCACGGUUCAGAUGCACCUUGGCCAUCAGUGAGAGCGAGGAGACCUUCGGAAACGAUACUGGGGGCUUGACCACCAAGGCCAUCUCGUUCAGCAGCAAGAAGCUGGCCAAGAAGUACGCGGCCAAGAAAGCUGUCGAAUGGCUGAUUGAGAACGGCCACAUGCCAGCCGACGGCGGUGUGAAGUUUCCCAAAGUUGCUACGCCACCUGUCCCAGCAGCCAGGCCGAAGAGCCCAGGCGGGGGAACGACCUCCUACACUACUCGGGUCCCAGAGAUAUGUUCUCGCCUUGGUUUCACCCCCCCUCGCUACAACAUCACUUCUGCGGUGAAGGAUAUGCCUGGCCCUUUAUGGGACGGCUUUGCUGACUUCGGAGGCGACCCGCGCAUCGAGGGGAAGGUCGGUCAGGUUACCAAUGUCUUUGGCAAGAAGAAUGCAAAAGAGGAGGUGGCUAAGCUUGUCUACUCUUUCAUGGAGAACAUCGAGAGACACAGACUAGGGGAGAGCCCUGGCGAGGAAGAUAAGAAGCGGAAAUGGGACGAGACCAGCCUACCCGGCUCGCAGGAAGAUGCCGCUAAGCUCAUUAAGCUCUGA